GGCGCCAGUGCUGCGCGGGGACGCGCGCCUCGCCAAGGAGGUCGUCGCCGUCGCGGCCGCCGCGGCUGGCGCCCCGCGCCCAACCCGGAGCGCAGGAAGAGCCGCGCGCUGCCGUUCCUCGGGCGCCUCAGAAGCCGGGAGCCCUUGAUCCGGCGGCGAGAUCGUGGUGAGGCGGUCCGACGGCCUUCACGAGCGGCGCGCGGGAGGAACGCCGGCAGUUGUCCGGUUGCGUUUGCCUUUGCCUCCGUCUGUUGGAGAUGCUUUUUUGCGUGGUUGAAGAAGUCACUGUGUACGAAGCAAACGGAGUUUAUGCCUAUCCAUUUUGCAUCUUCUUGUUGGCCUCAGUCUUACAUUAACCCACCUCACGGGAGCUAGCAGACCGGACAAACGUCCCCGCAUAUAAGGCCCCCCCGGCCGGCCGCGGCCGGUGGCCACCGUCCGAGACUCCUGUGAGCCGCGAGCGCGACACGGGAGCGCACGUACGGUACAUGCGGGAGGGAUGAGCCCCGGCGUCGGUGCCAGGAAGCGCCUCGGCGGCGUCGCGGGCGUCGGCGGCGGGUUCGCGCUCGGGUGCGGCUGCAGGGACGCCAAGGCCGUGGCGGUGGCGGCGGCGGCAACGUCUGCGUCGCCCUACUCCUCCGCCACCGCAACGGACACGUCCACGGCGACGACCGCGUCGUGGCGCGGGGCCAGGCCGGCGCCGCACCACCCGUUGUCGGCGUCCGGGUCCACGGGCACGCUCACCGUGCCCUCCGCGUCGUCGUCGUCCUUCCUGUGGGAGGACGCCGACGGGGAUGCCGGCGAGGAGGUGGACUGCAAGCAGCGGGAGGGCCCCCCGGCCACGGCGAGCUUCUCCGGCCUGCUGCGCCAGCUCAACGAGCUCGAGCAGAGCGUCGUGUCGUGGGGGCGGAAGGGCACCAGCAAGCAGGAUUGCUUAUCACCACCUCCGCCGCCUCCGCCUCCGCCGCCUCCACCUCCACCGCCGCCGGUACCGGCGCGGCCAGUGAAGCAACGAGCUGCGCACAGCGGCGGCGACAGCAAAGAAGGCCACGGAAACUUCUCUCCACCGCCGCCUUCUUUCCAUCUUCAGACGACGCAGCAGCACCGGAAGGCAAAGAACUUGGACAAAGCCGACAGACAAGCACAAGCUGUAGAAGUCCACUCCAAGCUGGCGCCAUCUCCACCUUCACCAUUGCUAUUGCCGCCGGAGCAGCCUCUUAAGGCGAAGACGGACGACGGCGGCAAGAAAGACGAAGACGCCAGCAUUGCCCCGACAUCGCAGGCGGCGGCCCCGAAGCACCGGAAAGCGAAGAGCUGCGACGGCGGCAGGCUGGACGGGACCGUGGCGGUGGUGAAGCAGUCGGACGACCCGCUGAGCGACUUCCGGCGCUCCAUGGUCAACAUGAUCGUGGAGAACCGGAUCGCGACGGGCGACGAGCUCCGCGAGCUGCUCCGGCACUUCCUGGCGCUCAACGCGCCGCACCACCACGACGCCAUCCUCCGGGCCUUCACCGAGGUCUGGGACGAGGCGUUCUCCGCCAAGACCGCCCGCCGCGGGCCCGCCGCCAGGCAGACCCCGCCGCGGCCGCGGCCGAAGGCGCCAACGCCGCCGCGCCGCCGGCACGCCCCGCCUCCGCGGGUGUGGCGCUAGCGCUUACAGUACAGUACGUGGUCACCACCACCAGUUACUUACUAGUAGUACAUUGUAGCCAGAUUGCUUGCAAGAAACGGUCAGUAGAUGCCACCUGACCGUACCGCGAAUCCGAUUUGUUUGGUAAUGCACUAAUGCUCCUCCAGUUCGAGUUCCGUUC